AUGCUUAUAUUAGAAUGGGCAGCAAAUGAUUUAGAUGAGAUCAAGAAGAUUAUUGCAAAGGAACUAUUAACCUAUGAAGAUUAUUACUUGAGAUCUGCUAUCUACGAAUCUAUGGAAUUUGUCGACGGUUAUACAACGGGACUGAAUGUAUGGAACCAGUACCCAAUGAACAAGGACAUGGUUUUAGCGUUCAUUGGCUUGAUCACUUCAUAUACUGGAAGCCGACCCCAACACAGUUGGGUGAUGAUGAUGAUUCAUGAUACAUACUUAUUGUAUUUAUUUUCAGAUUAUAACUUGAAAACAGCCGUAGAAGGAGCAUUGGAAUAUAUCGACGUACAAACAAUGGAACUGAAUUUAUGGAAUCAGUUCCCAUUGAAUAUAAACUUAGUUUUAGGGUUCAUGAGCAUGAUCACUUGUUACAUGAUUGCUCUCCUACAAUUCGCUUAUUAA